GGGACAGAGGAGGAAAGACUGGUGGGAAGAAACACAGCAGCCAUUCCCUCCACGGGCAUGACAUGCAGGCAACUGGGAGCUUGGGCGGAUUUCCUUACCAGUCCUCACCGCUGUUCCGGGGGAAAACACCAUCAGCUCCAUUUUGCAGAUGGGGUAACUGAGGCUCAGAAAGCCGCAGGGGCUUUGCACUUGCUGUUCCUUCUGCCUGGGACACUCUUCCAUCCACUGUCUUCACUCGGUUUACUCAUUCUUCUGGUCUCCAGUGGAAUAGCAUUCAUUCAUCAUCCAAACAUAAUUAUUGCGUGCCUCCCAAUGCCAGAUUGCCUGAAUCUUUUGGUAAUGGCUGCCUGCCUAGAGUGCUGCAUCCUGGAUCUGUGGGGAAAGUGGCAGGAUUGAUUGAUAAUGUCUGCCACAGGAUCAGAAUGGAAGGAACUAAGUAUUUGCUGAGCUGGAGUUGGAGACAGUAGAGAGCGCUGCUUUGUGGAAGUACCAUAUACAUAUAUAAAGGCUACAUAUCAGAAGUGCUGUUGGAUGAAUUGUCACAAGCGAGCUUAUCUAUGGAACCAGAACAAGAAGAAUCGGGUUCCUUUGCGUUAGUGCAUGUAAAGCUCAUACCCAGCAGCUGCUUUAAUCCAUACCUACCUAAGGGCCCUGCGCCCUCCCAGCGCGUUCCAGGGGAGAACACCCCGAUCUAUGCGGGUCACAGAGGCACCUGUUCCAGGGAUCUGAGAACGCCCUGAUGUGGAACUCGGGGCUGACGCAGCGUGGCCGCGCAGCCAGCAGUCCUCCUGGCGCCGUAAGACACACAACCGCAGCGGUCUUCGGACGCGAGGUUGCAGCGCUCCCGCAGGCGGCCCCUGGGCACUGCAGAGAGAGAAAGGAACAUGUGUUGGCUUUGACCUCCCUGGGUCCGGUGUCUGAGCAGAGGGAAAGUACGAUUCUUUCAAGAUGCCGAUGAAACACAGGAGAAGAGACCCUAAAGAUCCCCAGGAGCCUUCAGAGAAGGUUAAAGAGCAGCUGGCCGAGGUGGAACUUCGGAAGCUGAGGCAGCAGUUCCAGAAGAUGGUGGCAAGUCGGAAGUCCUUUAACUUCCACUCCCAGCAGAAGCUCAUGAGCCAGCACAAGGAAAUUCAGGCCCUGCAAGAGGAGCAGGAUGAGAUCAACCUGCUUUUGAGUCUCAUUAAGUCUUCUAAGAACUUGGAUCUGAAUGAGAAAAACUACGUGGAGCUGCGUUUCCUGCUGCAGACCAAGAAGGACUAUGAGUCCUUGAUUAAAUCGAUGAAAAUGCUGUUGGCUGAACUGGAUGAGAAGAUUGUUCAGAUGGAAAAAAAAAUUAUAAACCAAAAACAGAUCUUCACAAAAAUACAGGAGGCCAAUAACCCCUGGAAACUGCAAAAACAGAUUCACGUGUUGGAAACCCGUUUAAAUCGUGUCACCGUACAGUUUGACAAGUUGCUGACCACUAAUGCUAAACUCCGGAAGGAGAUUGAGGACCUACGGUACGAGAAGGCUGCUUAUGACAAUGUCUACCAGCAGCUCCACCGGCGCCUGUCAAUGCACAAGAAAACCAUGAAUGUGGCCACUGAGCAGUCUUCUCAGGCCUACCAGCAGAGACUGGAAGCCAUGGCUCGAAUGGCUGCCAUGAAGGAUUGCCAGAAGAAGGAUACCUCUCAGUACAAUAUGGAGAUCAGAGAGCUGGAGCGUGUCUACGCCCACGAGACCAAGCUCAAGUCUUUCCUGCUCCUCAAGCUGAAUGAUCGUCUGGAGUUCGAGGAGCAGACUAAACAGGAAGAAGCUCUCAAGGCAAAGAAGCACAGGACGAAGAGCAAAGGGGAGAGUUUUGAGAGCUAUGAGGUGGCCUACCUCCGGCUGCUGAAGCUGACGGAGAACGGGGACCUGAAUCAGCUCAUUGAGGAAUUUCUGGCCAAGGAGGAGAAGAACUUUGCUGGGUUCACCUACGUCAUGGAGCUCAACAAUGACAUGGAGAUGAUGCAUAAGAAAACCCAGAAAAUCCAGGUCAGGGCAGCUGUUCUUUCCUAGGCCCGAGUCCCUCCUACUCCCACCGCAGCCUUCCCUAAAGUGGGCUCCUUGGAACACUCCUCUGCAGCAAAAAGGGUCUCAAGGUCAAGUCAGUUUGGAAACACUAUAUUUCCCCGUGUCCCCCCUCUACUUUUUAACCUUUCUGAAAUUGGUAUUUGUUUCAAUUGAUGCACACCCUUAAGGUGGUCAUGUCCCCUCACCCCUGGUGACAUGUAUAAUCUAUGGCAUGUUUUAUAAUCCAGGGUUCAGUAAACUAUAGCCACGGCCAAAAAUGGCC